AACUCUCACAAUCUAGCCGCCCCAUUGCCAACUGGGCUACUUAUCUUGACCUCAGCGAUUUCUCGUGCGACAGAGGGCCAUUCACACACACUCUUACCCUCUUGCCCUCUUCCCCUGGCUACACCGACACCGACCAGGAGCCACGUUGUGCGACCAACACCUGCCCCAUAGCGCCGUGAUUCUCCCGCCGAGCCGUAUAUAACCUUCUUUUUCGUCUUCGCACCGCGUUCGCGUUCGCUCCCUAUCGGUAUUGGGAUUGGGAUUCGACGCAGCAUCGAACCGGCUCCCUGAAGGCGCUUUCUACUCUUCGACCUACCCGACGACCUUUGUCGCGCCCCUCGAAUUCUGAUACCUUUUGCGCUUCUCAACUCAAUCUGGUGUGCAGCAUUGCCCCACAUCGCUGGAGCAUCGGGCUCUGAAGCCUGACCCUCACUUGGUCUUCGAUACGGCAUCGCGAAUAUGUCUGUCAUGUUGCAGACCCCUUCGCGAGCCUCGACUGCCUCCUCGUCCUCCUUCCAACCAAUCUCCCGACAGAACACCAUGUCGUCUUACGAUGGCUCGCGGUCCGCCCGCCAGUCUAAGAGAUACUCCAUGUCGGCGCUGUACAUGUCCAUGUCUGCGAAUGACUCGGACAUGGUCAUCGAGGAUGAGCUUGCUAAGGCGCAAAAGAUUCUGCGGGACUUGAAGUCUAAAAUCUCCUCGCAGUCAAAAAAGAAUUUCGUCCUCGAGAAGGACGUCCGGUACUUGGAUUCGCGAAUUGCCUUGCUGAUCCAGAAUCGCAUGGCUCUCGAGGAGCAAAACGAAGUCGCAAGCCACCUUGAAGAUGCCACUGAAAUGCAGGAAGGCGUGUUCCCCAACGACGACAAGACGCAAAAGUAUGGCAACUUGAUGUUCCUGCUGCAAUCCGAGCCAAGACAUAUUGCGCAUCUCUGUCGCUUGGUGUCAAUGUCCGAGAUCGACUCGCUGUUGCAGACGGUCAUGUUCACCAUCUACGGAAACCAAUACGAGAGCCGCGAAGAGCAUCUUCUCCUUACCAUGUUCCAAUCCGUCCUGACCUACCAAUUCGACAAUACCCCUGAAUACUCCUCUCUCCUACGCGCGAACACCCCCGUCUCGCGAAUGAUGACUACCUACACAAGACGAGGUCCCGGCCAGAGUUUCCUGAAGACGAUCCUUCAUGACAGAAUUAACAGCCUGAUCGAACUGAAGGACCUCGAUCUGGAGAUCAACCCGCUGAAGGUCUAUGAGCGCAUGAUCGAGCAGAUCGAGGAAGAUACCGGCAGUCUCCCGGCUUCGAUGCCUAAGGGCAUAACACAGGAGCAGGCGGCCGAUAAUCCUCAGGUCCAGGCCAUCAUCGAACCCCGACUGACGAUGCUGACCGAGAUAGCCAAUGGGUUCCUGGCGACCAUCAUCGACGGCUUGGACGAGGCGCCCUACGGGAUCAGGUGGAUCUGCAAGCAGAUUCGGAGCCUGACCAAGAGAAAGUACCCUGACGCCAACGAUCAGGUUAUUUGCACACUGAUCGGGGGCUUCUUCUUCCUUCGCUUUAUCAACCCGGCCAUUGUCACGCCCAAGUCCUACAUGCUCAUUGAUGGAACCCCAGCCGAGAAACCGCGCAGGACCCUGACCCUGAUCGCCAAGAUGUUGCAGAACUUGGCUAAUAAACCCUCGUAUGCGAAGGAGCCAUAUAUGGCCAAGCUGCAGCCCUUCGUCCACGGGAACAAGGACCGGGUCAACAAGUUCAUGCUGGAUCUUUGUGAAGUCCAGGACUUCUACGAGAGCCUCGAGAUGGACAACUAUGUUGCGCUGUCGAAAAAGGACCUCGAGCUAUCCAUCACCCUGAACGAAAUCUAUGCCAUGCAUGGCCUCAUCGAGAAACAUACGGGCGAGCUCUGCAAGGACGACAACUCGCAUCUGUCUAUUAUCAUCUCGGAACUCGGCUCAAGCCCUCCACAAGUCCCUCGGAAGGAAAACAGAGUCAUCAACCUUCCCCUCUUCAGUCGAUGGGAGACUGCCCUCGACGGCCUCACGGCGGCACUCGACAUCACGCAGGAAGAGGUCUUCUUCAUGGAGGCCAAGUCCAUCUUUGUGCAGAUUAUGCGGUCCAUCCCGCAAAACGUGGCGGUUUCGAAGAGGCCACUCCGCCUGGAGCGCGUCGCCGACGCCGCGGCAACAUCUCGUAAUGAUGCGGUCAUGGUCCGCAAGGGCAUCCGGGCGAUGGAGCUGUUGAGUCAGCUGCAAGAGCUCAAGGUGAUCGAUAAGAGUGACCAAUUCAGCCUGCUCCGCGAUGAAGUUGAGCAGGAGCUGCAGCAUCUGGGCAGCCUCAAAGACGGUGUUAUCGUGGAAACGGCAAAGCUUGAGGAGGUCUACAAGACAAUCCGCGAUCAUAACUCGUAUCUGGUCGGACAGCUUGAAACGUACAAGAGCUACCUGCACAAUGUUCGAAGCCAGAGCGAGGGCACCCGCCGGAAACAGCAGAAGCAACAGGUGUUGGGCCCUUACAAGUUCACGCACCAGCAACUCGAGAAGGAGGGCGUCAUCCAGAAGAGCAAUGUUCCCGAUAACCGGAGGGCGAACAUAUACUUCAACUUUACCAGUCCGCUGCCGGGGACAUUUGUCAUCUCGCUGCAUUACAAGGGACGGAAUCGCGGCUUGCUCGAGCUCGAUCUCAAGCUCGACGAUUUGCUGGAGAUGCAGAAGGACAACCAGGAUGAUCUGGAUCUGGAGUACGUCCAGUUUAACGUUCCGAAAGUCCUCGCUCUCCUCAACAAGCGGUUCGCUCGAAAGAAGGGCUGGUAAAACCGGUGGUGGAUACCAAGAUGAACGACUCCUUACGCGCAUCCUCGACAUUCAUCUGCUUCCAGGUUGGAGUUCUGGCGUUCUGUCUACAGGGCAAAUCUUGAUA